AUGGAAGUGAAGAAAUGGAAUUCAAGAAGAGUUAUGAAAAUAUGCUGUGUGGUCGCCACAUUGCUUCUGUUAAUCUUUCUUCUUAUUUCUGUCAUCUUAUUCUUCACAGUGUUUAAACCAAAAAACCCUAAGGUAACGACACACCCCACGAGCCUAGAGAAUGUUGAAUUCCAGUUGUACCCUAACGUUAGCAUAAAUGCAACAAUAGUGUUGAAUGUGACAAUCAGCAAUCGCAAUCAUGGGAGCUUCAAGUUUCAAAACUCAAUCGCAUAUGUUGAUUACAGAGGCACACUGAUAGCUGAGAUUCCUAUCGAGCAUGCCAAUAUUCCAGCUCAUGGUAACUUCACCAUAACGGCUUAUGCUAAUGUAACAACAGAAAAAAUGGUAACAGAUCCAAAUUUCUAUAAUGAUAUGGAUUCAGGUUAUUUUAACUUUACGUCCACAGCGAUUUUGUAUGGGGAUGUAAGUGUUUUUAAGAUCAUAAAAAAAGGAGCAAAGGUGACGAACAUUUGUAACAUUAUUGUUGCACUUUUGACAAGAAAAGUUGAGUCAAAAUGCCAUGCAAAAGUCAAAAUACAUGAGUGGGCUAGGUUAAAUUGGAUCAAAAGACACAAGUUUAAUAGGCAAGUCCUUAAUAGUAUUUGGGCUAGGCUCUUCACAAGAUGCAAAUGUGGGGACAUUGGGCUAAAGGCAAAGAUGAAUAAUAAAGCUCAAUUAGCUAUUUGCUUGAUGUUUAAGGUUCGCAAAACAGAAGUAAAACUAAAACAAAAAAAUUAUCGUCUUCGUUGCAGCACUUUAGAUAGAGUAAAGAACUAA